AAAUGCGAUACGCCGCCGCCGCAAACCAAUAAAAUAAAGCCAAAGUCGCCAAAGAACGCAACUAAAAUGGCGUGGUGCAGAGUGUCGAUUCCCGUUUGCGAAUAGUGUUUUAUCGUGCAAAACCAAGCAUCACCUUGCCUCAGUUGGGGGUUUCAACUUUCGAUAGACGCUGUUCACCACGCGCCGACACGAUGGACGCUGUGAAGUCGUUUAACGCGGAGCUUUCUUCGCUCUACGAUGUGAAACCGCCGAUAUCCAAGGCGAAGAUGACAGCGCUGACGCGCGGCGCCAUCAAAGCCAUCAAAUUCUACAAACAUGUUGUGCAGAGUGUUGAGAAGUUCAUCCUCAAGUGCAAGCCGGAGUACAAGGUACCCGGGCUGUACGUAAUCGACAGCAUUGUGCGUCAAUCGCGGCAUCAGUUCGGCACCGACAAAGAUGUGUUUGCGCCCAGAUUCGCCAAAAAUAUGCAGCAGACCUUUGUUAAUCUUUAUAAAUGUCCACCAGAAGAUAAGAGUAAAGUGAUAAGGGUGUUAAACUUAUGGCAGAAGAAUCAAGUAUUUGCACCAGAUGUAAUUCAGCCCCUGUUUGACUUGGCUGAUCCCAAUCAUCCAAUGCACAAGGAGGUGAACAACAUGCAGAAUAAUGGGAAUGCUGGUGGCCCUACAGGGAUGCUCAAAGGUUCGCCUGCGCUACAGAAGACACCGACCAAGACGCCGUCGUCUACCGAUCCGGCCACGUUGGCCCAGCUAGGAACGAUCGCUAAUAAUCCGUAUUUUCAGAGCUCUCUGGAUCAAAACACAAUUGCCCAGUUGCAACACUUGCAACGUUUAUUGCAUCGGCAGGGUGAUGGUAGCACUAAACCUGAAGCUGGUGCUCAAGUACACUUUGAUCGAAAACUCCUCGAUUUUGACUAUGGCAGUGACGAAGAGGACGAUCCCACAAACUCCUCGCCGAAGAUUCAAAACAGUCAGACUAUCGACACGGUCGGUAGUUUAUUGUCUAACCCUGAGGUACUCCGCCAGUUACAAACACUGCAAGCUUCAAUGUCCAAUCAAAAUAAUGCGCACGGAGAGUUCGAUAUGGAGAAACUCCGUAAACUACAAGAGAUGAAACAACAAGAGGAGGAGUUCGAUAAACAUUUGGCACAAACGCUGCCGAAUCUUCCAUUUGCAGCUGAAUGCGAAUUUAAACCCAACACCAACUCACCGUCGUUGUUUAACAACUUUUUCUUGCCCACUGAUAUGUCACAGCCACCACCUGGAUACAAACCCACAAUCCAGACUAAAGAAGACAAUGCACACGAGAGCGAAGUGGAGUUUGUCGGGACAAAUGACGAUAUGGAAGUGAUUGAUAUUGACCACGGAGACUCAAGAAGUCCGUCUCGGGAAAGAUAUGGACGUCGUAGGAGGAGUCGUUCGAGAGAUAGAUCCCGCGAUAGGGAUAGAGAUCGUGAUAGAAACCGGAGGAGACGGUCCAGAUCGCGAUCACGUUCAAGGAAUAGAAAACAUCGGUCCAGAUCACGUGAACGCGACAGGGAACGUGAAAAGGAGAAAGAAAAGGAAAGGGAGAAGGAACGCGAGCGCAGGAAGAGAGGUUUACCACCAAUUAAAAAAGAUAACUUGUCAGUAUGCAGUACUACACUCUGGGUGGGGCAUUUGUCAAAGUUAGUUCAUCAAGAAGACUUGUCUGAUACUUUCGGUGAAUUUGGGGAGAUCAUCAGUAUUGAUUUGAUUAUUCCGAGAGGAUGUGCGUUUAUUGUUAUGGAUCGACGUCAGGAUGCUGCACGAUGCUUAACGAAGUUGAAGAAUCACAAACUUCAGGGUAAGGCUAUUACUUUGGCGUGGGCGCCUGGUAAAGGAGUAAAAGGUAAAGAUCUGAAGGAUUAUUGGGAGGGUGAUCUUGGAGUGUCAUAUAUACCGUUUGCCAAGUUGCGUCAGGAUAUGGAUCUUGAACUGCUUGAAGAUGGUGGUAUGAUUGACGAGGACAGCGCUCCUGAUUGGAUGAAGGCUAAGAUCGCCGCGAUGUCUUCGAAUUCCUUGAAUAAAGAGGGUGGAGUUGAUAAUAAGGUUAUCCCAGCGCCUUUCAUUACAAUGCCAGAAGCGUCAUCCGGUUCGGUGGAUACAAGCCAACCACCUCCGGUUCCCAAUGCUGGAUUGCUACCACCACCACCAAUGCAAUUACCAAUGGUGUCACCUUUCCAACUGAAUAAUCGAUUACUAGGUAUGCCGCCUGGUAUGAUGCCAAAUGUACCAAUGGGUGUGCCACCACCGAAUCUACCAGGUGCUCUUCUGACUAAUUCACUUCUUGGUAUGGGAGGUCAGUUUCCUCCGGGGUUGUUAGCUCCUCCUCUCGCGCCACAACUUGCUCAAGGCGGUAACAUGGACAAUAAGAAUGCUCAGGAUGUAGGCGGCCCACCUCGCAAUCUCCCUGAGGCUAUGAUGCCUUUCAGUUUGAUCCCACCGCAUCCACCACCAAUGUCACUGCAAACAUCACAUCACGAUGACAACAUGGAUGUUGAAAUGGAGGAUGCAGAGAAACCCGAUAAACAUAUGGAGGCAUCACUUCAUAUGAUGGGUGGUAUGCCAGGGAACAUCAAUAGUUACAAUGGUGAUGGUAAUUUGAUGGGUAGACGAGAUCAUCCUGGUCUUGGAAGGGAUGGCCGUGAUGAUGAUAUGCCAAGAGGACGAAAUCGUAGGGAUAGCAGAGAACGUGAUCACGGUGAUCGCAGGGAUAGAGACAGAGAUAAUGGAAGAGAUCGUGGACAGCGCUGGGGUAGGGACAGCCGGCCGGAAUCUAGAGAUGAGCGCCGGGACCGUGAGAAGGCUUUGAAUGACCGCCUGCGACAAAUGGCGGGUGAUAGCAGUUUCCGAGAUGAACCAGAACCGCCACCUCCAUCGUUAUUAGAUAGGGCUAUGUUCCCCGGUUAUAAUGGGGAAGGUCCAAUGGAUUUGGAGAGGUUUAGGCGACGUCCAGAUGAUUAUCCAGUGGGACCCGACGGGUUAUCACCUCCAAGAUAUCCAGACUACGAUAAUUCCUUUGAAGGACCUCCCCUGGAGUAUGGUCCACCUAUUGAUUUUGAAGGUCCAGCUUUAGAGUAUGAAGCGUUAAGGGAGUACGAUGAUCGAUAUCCACCAAUGCGGGGAGAUAGAUUUGAUGACCGAAGGCGAGGUGACUUCUUCCCUCCAAGAGAUUUUGGAAUGCGAGGCCCUCCAAGAUUUCGAAGUCCUGUAGCUGGAAUGGACAUGUUUGGGCCUAGGGGUGGACCGCCAUUAAUGAGACCUCAUAUGUUUAGAGGUGGACGAGGACCACGAGGAGGUCCGAUGUGGAUGGAUAGGCCACCGUUUGAUGGCCCACCUGAUUUUUACCGUGGUCCGCCCAACUUUGACGAUGGUAGUCCACACCGACCUCGUCAUGAUCGCGGUGACCGCCGCAGAUUUGGCCGCCAUGACGACAUAGAUGAUGAACCUGUACGCGAGGGUGGGCGUGAUGAACCCUCAAUUCCCAAUGCGCCUGGUGGUGGAAGUGGUGGUAGCGGCAGGCGCACUAACAGAUGGAGCAACGGCUCACCUGUAAGAGACCCGCAACCAACCGAACCACCUGCAUCCAAUGUAGACGAUAUGGUCGAGUCCACACCUGCCAGCCGAAGUGAUGAUGUUGAACAUCAGCCAGAAGUGAUGCAUCAACAUGAACCCGACGAUCACACAACGAUGAAAGAAGAACCAAAAGUGACUGGCAACACGACGCCCCUUCAUGACGAACCCGCCGAACAGCAGCGCGCGCCUGCAUCACAAGAGAAUCAAUCAAAUCAAGACGACCUCACCCAGGAACAGGCCACUACACAACAAGAUGAAACGUAAGCAACUUUCAGAACACCUAAAAAUCUUCGUUUUCUACGGUUUUGUCAACGAGUUGAUAGAUAGUUAGUUGUUUGGGGACGAGAAAUAGUCACGUUCUUUCAUUUCAAAGCUAGGGAUUGGGGAUAAGUCGAUCCUAAAUUUGGGCUGUGAUUAGUUUAAUGAACACAGGUGAAUCUUUGCAUUCAAUAAUAAAUUUAAUUUUUAUCCAA